GUUCGGGUGCGUCUCCGCCUCUCCGCAUACCUAGCACAAGCUCCUUCUCCAUCGUGUAACUUGUACCCCGCAGUGCCAUUCAUCAAGUGCCUGUGGUCUCCAACUUCUCCUUCCUCCAAUCCUCCAACUCCCCAAACAUUUCAUCCCAGUCACAUCGGAAUCACAUUCAAAAGUCCAAUCCUCCCGACAAUGUCCAAGCUUGCAAACCUUCGCCGCGACGGCUACGUCAUAAUCCCCAAUCUACUCUCCCCCUCCGAACUUGCCCCUUUGCGCGAUGCCGCCGCCCGGCUAACAGCCGUGGCACGCAGCGGGGGGUGGCCGCACGUGCGCACCGUGGGGAAGCAGUUCCCUCCCUGGGACGGCUCGCGGGUGGCCCAGGGCCAGUGGCCGGGGAUAUGGGGCGUGCAGCACCUGCUGCACCCGGACCUGCCCGUGUCGGAGGCUGACCGGGACCUGUUUGUGCGGGCGUAUUUUUCCAGGGGGAUCUUGGCUGUUGCGAGAGAGCUGCUUUUGGAGGUGGGGGAUCAUGCCGAUGAGAAGUCGGAUGGCGUAGAGGAGAGAGGGAAAGACACUGGUCGGGAGGAUGAUGAUGGCCUAGUCAUGGAGCUAUGGAACAUGCUUGUCCGCCCGGACCGCGAGGACUUUGCGCUGCGCUGGCAUCGCGACGACAUACCCCCCGAGGUGACGCCCGAGGAGGAGGUUGCCAGGCUGGUGGGCGGCAGGAGAAAAAGGCUGACGCACACGCAGUGGAAUCUCCCGCUGUUUGAUGACGACAGCCUGAUUGUUGUGCCGGGCAGCCACGCGCGCGCGAGGACCGAGGUCGAGCGCGCGGCCGACCCGUACGCCGAGUCGCUGCCGGGGAUGAUCAGAGUCGAACUGCGCGCCGGGGACGUGGUGUUUUACGACAAUAAUAUCCUGCACCGCGGGGUCUAUGAGACGAGCAAGGAGAGAAUGACGCUGCACGGCUCGGUCGGCCACGUCAGUGGUAGUCGGGAGCGGGCGAGGAACGUCCUGCAGCAUGGAGUAGGGGAGUGGGUGGAUAAAUGUGAUUUUUCGGGGUUAGGGGACGGGGAGGAGAGGGAGCGGGCUGAGCGGAUGCGGAGGAGGUUGGUGGAGAUGGGAAGAGAGAAUCAGGGUAGAGAUAUCGGAUAUUCCUUGCAAGGCUAAACCUAGCUAUGUACGUGGACAUUCUACCCCUGGAUCUUGUCUAUUUACAAUCCGUCGCUGACUUCUCAGUUGCUCUUGUACACGGCAACGUUCGACGCGAAUGUGUUCACGUUGUCGGCAAACCACGCCACCUGCGCUCCGUUCCGAUUGAGCAUCUCCCUCGUGCCGAUCGUGUUGAGGUUGUAGAUAUUCACGUUGGUCGCAGAGCCCUCGAUCGAAGUGAUCCGCUGCUGGCACGUCUGCCCAGCGCUAAACGUCGAGCAUGCCGUGCUGUAGUUGUCAAAGAACGAAUAGAGCCCGGCGCCGUAAACAAGAAUGUCGCGCGAGUUGAUAACGCGGAGACCCCACGCAGCUGCGCAGUUGCCCUGCACGCCAGCACACGAAGCCGUGAAGUCGGGGUCGUUGAUGGAGGCAACUGGGCGGAAGGGGACCAGG